AAGGUCCAUUUCUCUAUGUUGUAACACGCCUUAGGGAGAGAAGUCAGGCUGUUUGGAAUCCCCAAUUUCUUUCUCUUUGCUGUCCCUAUGGCAUUAGAGUUUAUGCAUGACUGGAGUUACUUGUUCUGGGUAAUUCUCCUGGGACUACUACUGCUAGCCUGGAGAAAAAUUGUAUUCUUUGUAUCAUUUCAUCAGAAAAGAAUUGAUCCAACUGGCAAAGCAGUGCUCAUCACUGGCUGUGAUACUGGCUUUGGUCAUUCGUUGGCCUUGAGACUAUUCCAUCUUGGCUUCACCGUGUUUGCUACUUGCCUCUUUCCAGAUGGGGAAGGAGCACAAAGUCUGAGGCAGGAGGCAGGACCUAGCCAUCGUCUGCAUGUUUUCAAACUCGAUGUCACUCAGGAUCAAGAUGUGGUUAAUGCCAAGGACUUCCUCCUGAAAAACCUGCCUGAAAAGGGUCUCUGGGGUCUAGUAAACAAUGCAGGUCUAACAGUGUGUGGGGAGAUGGAAUGGAUACCUUUCGAUGAAUUAAAAAAAGUUAUAGAUGUCAAUGUUUUGGGGAGUAUCAGGACAACUCUAAAACUUCUUCCUCUUAUAAAAAAGAGUCAAGGACGUUUAGUCUUCAUGUCUAGUAUAAAUGCAUAUAUAGGAUUAGGAACUGCCUCCUAUUCUUUGUCAAAAAUUGCAUUGGAAAAAUGUGGUGAUAUCUUAAGGGUUGAACUAAAAAAAUUUGGGGUUAAGGUUUCUCUUAUUGAACCAGGAAACUAUUCUCCUGCCACUAGUCUUUUGAAACUAUAUGAUGUGGAAAAAUACUGGAAUAAAUUUGAUGAAGAAACUAAAGCAAGCUAUAGUAAAGAAUACCUACAACUCUUUGCUAACAGAGUGAACAGAAAACUUAAAAAUGGAAAACAUGACUCAAAAGAAGUUAUUGAUGCUAUAAUUGAUGCUUUACUGAAUAAACAGCCAAAAGCUAGAUAUUCUGUUACUACUUUUACAGAAAAAUGUUGGGUCUAUGCUUUCUACUACUUACCAGCAUCCCUAAUAGAUUUAUUUAUUUCCUACAUGAGUAAAUCAUUCCAUAAAGAGCCUUAAAGAAUAAUAUUAAAAAUACUAUAGCAAUUAUAUAGUUCGCUUAUCAAAAAUAGAAAAACACUAAAAGAUCAUACUGUCUGGCAUCUAAUAGCCAAGGUGCCUGAUAAUAUUUUUUUUUCAGUUAAAAAAAAUUAUUUAUUUAUUUAUUUAUUUUGCGGGGCAAUGUGGGUUAAGUGACUUGCCCGGAGUCACAUAGCUAGUAAGUGUCAAGUGUCUGAGCCUGGAUUUGAACUCAGGUCCUCCUGAAUCCAGGGGCAGUGUUUUAUCCACUGCACCACCUAGCUGCCCCCCUGAAAAUAGAUUUUUUAAAAUUAUUAAAGCCACUAAAAUGAAAAUGUAAUUUAUUCAGAGCCGAAAUGUCAGUUUUGUACAACUUUUGAAACAUGAACAAAUAUCUGACCACACAUUUAAUUAAAAUAAAUGAAUUUUCAACAUGCUAAAUAAAUAAUGAUGUGAUCCUCUUUUUUAUUCAGGCUAAACAUGCCAAGUAACUUCAAUCAAUGUAUGGCAUGGACUACUCCUCUCCCUCCACCAUUUUGGUAGCUCUUUUCUGGACCUUGUCUAGCUCAUCAAUGUCCCUCCUAAAAUAUAGAGCUCAGCACUGAACAUAGGACUUCAAAUUUGGUCUGACUAGGACAGAAUGCAGUGCUACAUUAUCACCUAGAAUAUUUCUGGGAGGUGUGAUUUUCUUAGUGUGGACAAGGAUUGCAUUAGUUUUGGGGGGCUCUAUAUGGACUCAUGUGGAGCUGAGAGUCCACUGAAAUUCCUGGAUCUUUUCUAUACAACAGAUAGAAAGAGAACUUCCAUUUAAAAUAACUAUAGACAAUAUAAAAUACUUGGGAAUCUGCCUGCUAAGACAAACCCAGGAAUUAUCUGAACACAACUAUAAAACAUUUU